GACAACUCCAUUUUGAGGGUAUAGAUUUUAGUAAUGGCUUGGGCUCUAGGUCCGGACUUGGUCCCUUUCCGAGCUGGACCCACCCUCGUAAUGUUUACCACUACUCGGUUUAAGCUACCAUGAGUUUUGUCCCUAAUGUAGUGACUAAGAAGCGCAGAAAAUCAGACAACAAACCACAGUCGCAAUUGAACAAGUGCCUUAAUGAAAAACGCCGUCGAGAGCAAGAAAAUACUUACAUUGAAGAGCUGGCAGAACUGAUCUCUGCUAGGUUUACUGACAUGAGUUCCUUGUCCGUCAAACCGGACAAGUGUGCCAUACUGCAGGAGACGGUUAACCAGAUCAACAGAAUCAAACAUCAAGGUGAAACUGAUGCCCUUCAGCAGAGUGAAGUAUCCUCUAGCAAUUCUACCAUUUUAAGUAGCAACAUUUUGGGACCACUACUGCUUGAGGCUUUGGAUGGAUUUUUACUGGUUAUUAAUGCUGAUGGGAAGAUAGUUGUUUCAGAAAAUGUUUUUUCGUUUCUGAAAUACAGCAAGGAUGAUUUGGUUGGGAAAAGCAUCUACAGCAUCAUCCAUGUCAGAGAUCAUGCUUUUUUCAGCAAUAUUUUGUUGUCCCUGUCACUAGGCUGGACAUCAGAAUCUGGUACCAGUAAAAGUCGCUUGUUCAAUUGCCAUUUCAAGGUUAAAGUUGAAGAGGAUCUUGACAAGAGCAUGGAUGGAAAGCAAACUCAGUAUGAAAAAAUGCAGGUUUCAACAGUUUUAUUACCUUACCCCCCAGUGGAAGGUAGUGCAAACUUUAGUGAAGGGUCUUCAGAGUCCCAGAACUGUUUGUUUUGUGUGACAAGACGUAUUCCUCAAACUGAGAAGAGUCUUAGUAGGGCAGGGAUUGAGCUGUUCACAACACGUUUAGAUAAAACGGGAAAGAUCACUGUCAUUGAUACAAGUGGUGUAUCAUCGACUUACAGCCAGCAUCUUAAUAAAGACUUUGUUGGUAAGAGUAUUCAGGAACUCUGUCAUCCCAAAGAUCGACACAAAGUGAACCAACAUUUGAAAGACACCCUCCAAACAGGCAGCAACACCAGUGGCAUCUAUCGUCUACAAAUAUCACAAGAUAAAUACAUUUACGUUCAAACUAAAAGUAAAAAAUUUAGCUACGGUCAAGUGACGAGUGAAGAGGAGUUUAUUAUGGCUACACAUUCGAUUAUUCGAGAUAGUGAAACUCCCCAAUCUUUAGAAAGCCUUCAAAGGAGUAGUACACCUGCAGUCAGCGGGAAUUCACCUUCCACCAGCCUCAUUGGUAAUUUGAAUGAGGAAUUGAAUGGUGUGAACUCUGCAGAAAAUGUCUCGAUGAACACAUCUACUUCAGUUUAUGGUGGGUUUUCAACUUUCAGUCCUUCUUCCCAUGACUUUGGAUUCAAUGAUCUAGGGCUGGACAUUUUUUCAGGUCCCACUUGGGAUUUGAUUGUUGGGAACCACCGAGAGGAUGGGCUGGCUAUCACUGGCACCACCUCUUACACUUCCACUCUCAGCCCACAUACUCAAAUGUCUACAUCACCAAACAGUAACAACAACUCUGGUAGUGUUCACUCUGUUGCUCAGGGUUCCCAUUCAUCAAAUAGUGCCUUUUCUCCUGAACUGACACAAGGUAAGAUGUCACCUGCCACAUGUUCACCAGCUGCCCAGCUUACUUCAAUUCCAAGUCCUACACCAUGUGGAAACACUUCAUUCAGUGUGUCAUUCUCUCUCAGCUCUAUACAGUCUUCACCAUCUUAUGGAAAAGUGGAAUCCACAGGAACCACUGCUGACAUAAAUAACACAAGUCCUCCAUCUUUGCAAGAAAACCAGAGCCUUUCCAAAACAGCUCAGAAAUUAAGAAACUUGUUAACUAAGACAACUGAAAAAGUAAACUCUUCACAUACUAUUUCUACUACAGUGUCCAAGGGGUAUAGUGUAACUUCAGAAGUUCCAACUAGUAGUAAUAGUGGUUUAGUUUUACAGACAACACAGCCAGGUCUUUCAGAAAAUGGCAGAGUUAUUUCUUCUUCUGAUAAGGAAAAUAUUUUGCAUGAAUUGUUAAAUGAAGAAGAUGAAAAAACAUCUGCACUACCUGAGGGUGCUUUGAAUAUUGCUCAUAACAAAGAACUAUUACAAGAAAAUAGUCCGGAAGGUUUGAAAAGUGAACUCAAUGGAGAACACCAAAUGAAGACUAUGAACAAUAACACCAUGCUACGAAAGUUACUGAAUGAUGACGACUAUGAAAACGGCUACAGAAAGUCUCAAGACGUGCGUCUUCUAAAGUCAAAACUCAAAGAUCAGAAUCAAAACGAAAAUAGCCAAAGUGCAGGAGAGGUAGAUUCUCAGCCUGCAAAUCAGUCAGCUACAAGUGAUCAUUUCUUGAAUCAGUUGGGGACUGAUUCUUCUAGCCAGCCGGGUAACACCUUGGGUCCUUCUAACUUAGACGAUGUCACAAACACGGCUGUUAAGAGAAAAUCUUCAGAUUCUAUAUCGGACUCAUCUAUGGAAGCUCCACAGAAACGUCCCAAUCAUGCUUACUUGGCUGGACAAAAUCCAAUGCUGGUGUCUAUGCUUGCUCAAACUCCAAAAACUGAGCCGUCCAUCCCUACCACCAUUGCCAGCUCCAUUAUGUCUCAACUUCCUCAGGAUCGACUUCCAAGAGGUCUUGAGAAAAAGCUUCUAAACACAUCUGCCAAAUCAAACAUGCAUUCAGUAUCUUCAACAGUAGCAUCCACAGUGUCUACUUUAGCUGCAACCCAGCAAAGUUGUACAACUUUAUCCACAGCUGCUAUACGUAACCUUCUUGAACAAGACGUUGUGACGUUUGACUCAUGGGGUCAACUAGCCUUCAACCAUCAUCAACUAUCCAGCACAAGUUUCCCUCAACAGCAGCAACAACCUUCACAACAAGAAUUACUGCUGAAAAUUCUCAACAAUCCAGAUGCUCCACAGCUUUCCAGAUCAUUAGGAAUCCACGUGACAACAAAUAAUGGAACUGCAUCACCAUCCAACAUCUUUCCAACUCCUGGGCAAAUAAGCAUUCCAUCAUCUUCACAUGUGACGCUAUCAGAAUUAUUAGGAGAUGUUAUUUCAUCAGAGCCAACAGGGACAGUAGGAGGCAGUGAUCAUGUCUCGGACCCACUUUUGUCCCAAAUCUUAGAAGAGGUUUGGAGCCUGGAACAAGAAAUGGAGUCUCCAUCUGCUGGUGAUUCAGUAGUGGUGAAGUUACUCGAUGAAGCAUUUAGUCAAACAUCUGUAUCAAGUACAACCACUGCUCAACCAGCACCACAACCAAUGAUGUCCACUCAAGAUCUUCAAGCAAAAAUGGCUAUCAAUGCCAUUCAAAAGCAGUUAAUGAGCUACGAAACUCCUAGCAGUGGAAGUACCCCAAUGUCAUCAAGUUCCCGUGUAGUUACUAGUCCAGCAUUAUAUCCUCAGUUAACUACUGCUACAUCUCCCAAUGCCAUGACAACUUUUGUAUCAUCCCAGUCCUCGUCUCAGCCUCCAACUUACAACAGUGUGGUGGUUAGUCAGAGAUCCAGACUGCCCAAUCCAGGUGCAAUGACCAAUGGGCAGCAAGUUUUAGAAAUAGUUAAUGUUCAGCGGGCAGGUUUGUCUCAGUAUCCAGGAGCUGGAGGUAUCCCAGCCAAUCUUGCACCACAGGUGAGGAGUCGAUUAUAUGAAAGGCGUCAGAAAUACCUCCUGCAACAACAGAAGAGACUGUUAGCCCAGCAGCAACAACAACAACUCACCCUUCAAACUCAUCAGUCUGUUGAUGAUCAACUCGCCCUUUCUUCUGCUCCUCGUUUCCCCAAAAAUAUGAAUGAUUUGUUAAAUAACACUGUUGCUCCUAAUGUAACACUACAGCGCUCGUCCAGUGUACCUGAGCAUCUCUCACCUCAUUACUCGUCCAACUUGGUGGGUCAAAUUUCAAGUCAUGUUGGACAAACUGUACAGUCUCAGCUGUCACCUGGUCAGCAGUCUCCAUACUCACCCUUAUCUCAGCCACCAUAUCCCAGUUCAACACCUCCUGCUAGUUCAUAUCAACAACAACAACAACUUUCACCACAUCCAAUGCCAACAUAUCCUUCUAGUGGUCCAGGAAGUCCUAGGUCACCUCAUCUUCAAACGGUGUCUCCACAGCCAGGAGUAAGCCAGACACAGUGGACUCAACAUCCUGCAAUAUCGCUGCAGAAACAGAAUCCUAUGUUGAAUGCCCAGUUAUCACAGAGUAGUUAUGGAGGACAAAACAAGUUUGUAGGACAACAGCAACGACAGAUUCAUAUCCAAUCAAUGCCAAGCUCCAGUUCUGGAGGUACAUCUCAGAACCCUUCUGUUUCUACUCAGAGAAGCCCCCAAUACAUGCCUCAAUCUUCUAUAAACGUGUAUCAAAAAAAUCUGCAUCAGCAGAGGCUUCAAAGAUCUAUGUCGAUGUCUGGGUGGGUAAACUCUCCUUGUACACCCCAACAAGUACAUGCUGCAGGAGAACGGCAUCUCUCCCCUCAGCCACAAGUUUCUCCAAACUUCAGUAGUCAUUCGUUGCCGGGAAACCCAGUUUCUAAUUCGGUUAAUCCUAGCAACACCUUAGUUUCAACCACAGCUUCUGUCAGCUACAGUGUUGCAGGUGAUAACUCCAACUAUUUUGAUCAACAAAGCCUCCAGCUUUAUACCAAUACAGCAGAAGAAUGUCGGAGUGGUCUAGCUAGUACUGGGGGAAUGACAUCAGAAUUUGUACGGCAGGAAUUAAGAGCAAAAGUUGGGGCAAGAACUCAGCAGCAAGGGAUGAGACAGCAGCAACAACAACUUCAGUUUAAUAUGACUGGAACAAACUCGCCAUCAGAACCUGAUGUGGGUGCUCUAGGACUGUCUUUGGAGCUAGGUGAAAGUAGCCAACGGGUCUUGUCCGGAUUAUUCUCACAAUCGCUACUGGACAUGGGUAGUAACCAGAACAACUCAAUGUCACUGAUGCCAACAGAAGGAAAUAAUCCUAGAGUUCAAGAAGCUAAACCACCAGAACAAAAGAAAAGUUUACUGCAACAAUUGCUCUCGGCAGAGCCCCCAUAAUCAGUAAAUAUAAUUUCAGACUUAGAAGAUGUAUGAGAAACAAUAUUACAGCUAUCUUGGAGUAGUUUGGUGCUUGAAGCGGAUUUCCAACAUGCAACGGACACUAGAGUGAAAUCAAUUAUAGUUUGUGAUUUUCAAGUAAACUAUAAUUUUGUGGGUUUUUUUUUUUGUAUUUUUUUUUUUUUGUAAAUAUUUUAAGCGAAAAACCGGUUAUUCAUCGUACAGGUCAUUGUGAGGGUACUUGGGCAAAAUGAUGUACUAGUUGUAUUCCAGGCUAUGUGGCAUAUGUUCUUGCUCUUCUGUUACCAACAAAGAAUACAUGGGUUUGUGAAAGAAACAACACCAUUCAGUAAGUUGUUCUCUGAUGUGGUGAAGUUUGCUCAUCGGUGUUUACUUCACAAUGGGAUAAACUUGUCAAAUCUCUGGAGUCACUUUUCUCAAAAGAACACAUUUUUAUUGUGUAAAACUGACCAAUCACUGUGGAUGCCAGUAGGAAAUAUGACUCUGGUUUCUCUAAUCCUUGUGGAGCUACUGUUUUAUUAUAAAGGUCAAUUCUGUCUUUCAACAAAUUCUUAUAUUUUCCUUCAAGAUACACUAACAUUUAACUACAAGGAAUCUGUUCAGCUCUGUCACUCUCUAACUUUCACAACAUACAAAUCCUUGUUUUUAUAACCGUAUGAAUGUGUUUCUCAAGAAGCUCCUCUGAUUUUUCAUGUUCACCAUCAGUCACUGAUAACUGUUUUGGAGCUAAGCCUAGAAGAGUGGUUUGUGCUGUCCCUUUUAGUCAUAUGCAUGUGCGCUGUUGUAAUUUGUAUAUAUUAUACGUAUAUAGCUUAUGUUUUCUCUGGUGUAUUUGUAUAUAUCCAUAAAUAUAUAUAUAUACCACAUAUAUAGAAAUAUUUACAAAAUUGGUUUCAUAGAAUGUAUUUGUAGCCCAGUGCUGUUUUAGAGUCAAGCCCUUAUGAAUGAUUAAUUACAGUGCCACCAGCUUUAGAGUAUUAUCGAGGUUGUAGUCAGAUAAAUUCCAGCCUCUAAGCCAAGUCAAUACAGUAACUUUAACAUAUUUGUCUUUACAUUCCAUAAAGGUUUUGAACCGUUGCAUCUGAACCAGUUUUCUUUCUACCAGAGGCUACUGUAGAAACAUCAUCAUGCUUGUUAUUAAUUACCAAACCUAUUAACCUUUCUGUUUAAUCUGGGAACCAACAUAAAUAUCUUGUUGUUGUUGAUUAUAAAUGCAGUUGUGUUUUAUUAUUUUAUAAACGAAUUGUAAAGAAAUAG